AUGGCACGCAAAAGGGCUGACCCCGAUCGUUUCUUGGAGUACGAAGAAUUCAAAGAUCAUUCUGGUUUUACUAUUUAUGAGGCUGGAGAUUAUAUAGAUUUCUAUUAUGACUAAUAUAGGGGUUGGUUUGAUGAAUUUGGCAAUUACUAUAAUUCAAAUGGUGAACCAACUAAACCAAAUCAAAAUAGCUUGAAGUUUUGGGAUUCAAUCAAAUACAAAUAUGCUCAAGAUGAUAUAGAUGAUUUAUUAAAUUAAUAUGACGGCGGGACUGAGAGUGAUGAUGAUAAUGACGACGAUUUUGAAAGAGAGUACCAUAAUAAAGCACAUAUGGAUAAGCUAAUCAAGAGAUUGAAACAUUAUGGAGAUCAGGAAGAAAUUAAGAUUAGAUUCAGUCAUAAUAAAUGGAAUACAAAAGACAAGGAUAUUAUUUAAUUGAUGGGAGCAUAAAAUGUGAAAUCAGUAUAAUUUGACUUUAAACAUGGCACAAAUUACAAAACUGGAACAGGAACCAUAAUCGCCUUUAACAAAAAGAGUGCUGAGCAAAUCAUUCAAUAACACAACAUUGAAAUUAAUGGUCAAACUAUCUCACUUGAUAUUGAUGCAUUAGAUAUCAACGAUUCUGAUGAUGAAGUGAUUGGUGUUUAGAAAGAAGAUCCAUUAUUAACUAAACCAUAAUAAUAAGUAUAAUAAGUAUAAUAAGUUGAAUAAUAAUAAUAACAUUAAUAAUAAUAAUAAUAAUAAUAAUAAUAACAUUAAUAGUAAUAAUAAUAAUAAUAACCAUAAUAAUAAUAAUAACAAUAACAACAAUAAUAAUAAAAAAAAGCAGAAGUUUGGGAAAAAGAAUUUUUAAUUGUUGAAGGAUUUCCUAAUAAUGAAACCAAAGAGAGUAUUAAAUUAUGGUUGAAUUAAAAAAUAUUUAACAAUGAACAAAUUCAAGAUGAUUAAAUUGAAAUUAAGCUUAGAGAAAAAUAAAUAGGAAAGUAAGUAGACAAAUUUUUUGCUGCGAAAUUAGAUUUAGGUUCUAAAAAAAGAAUCGAAGACGCUCAAAGUUUAAUUGAAAAAUCCUUCAACAUGUAUCAAGGUAAGAGAAAGAUUUACUGUUCCGUAUACAAACCUUAAAAAUGAAAUUAUGAUUUAUUUAAUUUCUAUUAUAAUAAACCAAUAAAUUACAAUAUA